AUGGGAGGGCCUGGCUCUGGGGGUUACAAGAACAAACCCGGAGACACCGAGACCCAUUCGGCAUGGGACAUUAUUCCUCAAGAUCCCACUGGGACCCAGAAGCUCGCGCAGGUACGAUGCAAGUACUGCGGCAGGGAGAUGGCCCAGCACACCUCGCGCCAGCGCGUCCACCUCCUCGGCUGCCAGGGCUACCUCGAUGCGAUGAAAGAACAAGGAAUCGAAACCAGCAUCACCCGUCAAGCAGCGGAUCCGGCGGCUUUCUUCCGAACUACUGAUUGGAGUCAAAAGGCUACGGAAUCAAAGGCACCAAAGGUCUUGAAGAUGCAGGAACACUCUACAGCGGUGCGCAUCCAGGCAUUGGCUCUGGCGGAGGCCAGUAUCGCCUCGGAAAGAAUCCAGGAAAUCACAGGCAUGGACCCCAAGGUAUUAGCAGGCCUCAGAAGGCUUGCCCGUGAACGUGGCUAUGACCCGUCCGUGUCUAUGCAACUCAAGGAGGAAUAUGUGCUUGACCCGCCUAACAAUUCUCGUCCUCGCGGCCGUCCCAAGAAGAGGAAGGCAGAUGAGACAGAUGUUGACCCUGCUCUGACCGACAUGGCAGACCCUUCUCAGGCCACCCCAACCUUCACGCCGAGUCGACAGACAAGCAACCUUCCUCCUGGCCAGUGGGAUUUCAUGACUGCCACGCCCACCGGCUACACCAUGACUUAG